AUGGGACUACGCAGUUAUAUAGUGUUCUCCAGAUCGUCUACUGGAGCGUUCAUGGCUUUAUCCAAGGCGUGUGCACGCCUCCCGUUUUCAGAGCCUCACGAGAGGCAAUGGCCAUGCUCCCUCCCGGGCUUUGAACAGGACCGGACCUGUCACUGCACCUCAGCCUCCUGUCCUGACGUCUGGCCGUGCCCGGGGGCAGCUUCCCUGGCGCUGCGGCGGGCUGUCGGCAGGAGAGCCCUUGCUGAUGGAAAAAGAGCCACUAUUUUGAAACCUAAUUGGCCAAAGGGUCACUACCACUUCUGUAAGGCACUGUCACUACUGGGGGAACAUGAACUGGCUUUGGAAGCUAAUGAGAGAGCUCAGGAACUAUGCAAGAAUAUUCUUGAUGGACUUAAGGAUCUUAUUCAACAAAAUGACAAGUUAAAGAAGACAUUAGAAGAAAUCGAUGACCGAAGUCAUCAAAACAAAGGAAGGCCAAAAAUCAAAGCUGGUGACUCUGAAAAGACCAGAGAUCACCUUGAUUUGAAGAUAGAGCCUAAAACCAUCCAAGAUAAACUAUUCUCUACUGUGCAACAGGUGGAUUUAACUAUGUUGCCAGAAGAGGUUAAAUCCCUUGUUCGUGAUGGUUAUACAGCCUUGAUGGACCAGCGGUGUCACAGUGCUGAACAAGCCUUUUCACAAUUGUUGAGCAUUCUAAAUCCUUCAGAAUUUAAGCAACUGAAUCUUCGUAUUAUUAAUUAUGUUGUAAUCAUCUAUGGACAUGCCACUGCUCUUCUUGGAAUAGGACAACCUGAGGCAUUGACGAAGGCUGAAGAUCAGUUUAAGAAAAUAAUUGAACAGUACCAGGAAGAAAGAUUUGGUUGUUUGGCAUACUAUGGCAUUGGAAAAGUAUAUCUCAGACAAAACAGAUUUUCAGAUGCGCUCGACCAGUUCAUGAAAUCACAAACAAUGGUUAAUCAUAAGAUUGUACCUGGAGUAUUAACUUGGCCCACAACAUCUCAGGUCAUUGAAGAGACACGAACAGAGAAUUUACAGUUGACUUUAAAGAAUUGUAUUGAGGAAUGCAAGUUCCCUCCAGAAGCAGAUGCAAUUUGUCGAUACCAGCAAUGCCAUGGCCACUCCAAAAUCCAAAUAUUUUUUACAGACCCAGACUUUAAGGGUUUUAUACGUAUUACUUGCUGUCAGCAAUGUAGAGUGGAGUUUCAUAUCAGCUGUUGGAAAAAGUUGAAAAUGGCAAACUACAGUGAUAAAAAUGAUAAGGAUUUUCUUCAAGAAUUGUGUUUCACUCCUGAUUGUACAGGCCUUAUUUCAAAAAUAGUCAUUUUCAGUUCUUCUGGUCUGGUAAAAUGUGAAUUUGAACAAAAAAUCACAAAAACCAAGGAACCACCAAGAGCCAGUAUUAAACAGAAAUGUUCAAG